AUGGAACGAAUCAAGGAGAAGAUUAAGGAAGACCGGAAGAGGGCCAUACCUUAUGCCAAUCCUAUUUCGCUCAUCACGUCGCAAGGUCGUUCUGACCUCGCUGAUCCAGAACUCUUGCCAUGCUACUUUUUUGACUUUAUGGUGGGAACGAGUACUGGAGGGCUUAUUGCUGUCAUGCUAGGUAGAUUGAGAAUGAGUGUGGACGAUGCCAUCAAGGCGUAUUGGAACCUCGGAGCCAAUAUAUUUCCCCCUGGUGUCAUCCUACCCUCUCAGCGGAGAGAGAGACUAAAGAAGGCAAUCAAUAGCGUGAUACAGAGCCACUGUCUCUGUCAUCAAGACAGAGGACCCUGCGUUGGAGAAGAGGAGGAACUCAGGCAACACGAUUACGCCGAGUUCAGCGAUUACAACUACCCGAAAGACAAGAGGAAUCUUACUUGCAAGGCAGCUUUAGUAGCUCAGAAAAGGGGAGUGGAUUCCAAUGAGGUUUAUCUUUUUCGAACAUAUAAUAGCAGACAACGCGGAAUCCACGAUAUCCCAAACCCGAAACUUUUGGACAAAACCAAGCUUGCCAUCUGGAAAGCUUGUUGCGCUAGCACUGCAUCUCGAAAGCACUUUGGAGUCAUGGAGAUUGAGCGGGCUCAGUACAUCGAUGGUGGGGCUGGAAACAACAACCCGAGCGGCAUCGCCUUGGAUGACGCACACGCGAUGUCUCGCUCAAAUGAGCCCAAGGUCGCUGCGAUGAUCAGUCUUGGCUGUGGCGAGAAGAUGAAGCCUGGCUGGUUAGGCGGCAGCCCCUUCACAUUAGCGGCGCUCAAGGCUCUGGCGAGACGAGUCACCGACACAGAGAAGACGCACCAAAACACCCAGAAGCUUUGCCAAAAAGCGGGAACUCCGUACUUCAGAUUCAACGUCAAAACCCAGCAGGGAAAUUCCGGGCUCAAGAAAAUCAAGAUGGACCAUUGCAAGAAGAAGUCCAAACAGCCUUGGUGGAUGUUUGGCGGCCAGAGGCAGAUCCCUGGCGAAAAUGAGAUGCCAGACUGGUAUAAAAACCUACAGUCUAAGGCUGGGUUGAGCAACAACGACAACCAUGACAACGAUGUUUCCGCUGGUUCUAAGUCAAAUCAGCAGCAGAAGAGUGGGUUUGACUCCAACAAGUACUCCUACUCUACCUACAACACGAUUUUCAUGGAAACAUUGAAAUACUGCGAGGUUCGGCAUGUAGGCACAUAUGAGCAGAAAGUGAGUGAUGAGAUCGAUAAUUGUGCUGAGGUUCUUUUGGCCUAUGCUCGAGCUCGUUACCGCGAUCAUUCGGAGAGGUGGAAAUGUUUCAUUAGCCACCCCGAUUCACGGCAUCCGCAAUACAUCACAUCUGGAUAUAGGCGUAAUGGAGACGAGCCUUGA